AUGUCCCACUACGGGAAACAACAGCCUGGCCCAAUCCACGGGUAUGAUGCGACCCGUGGGUAUCAGGAUGCCGCGUACCAGCAGUAUGGCCCGCAAAGCUAUCCCGCCCAGCAUGGCAGUGCGGCUCAGCUCACCGCAGCCCAAAUGAACCAGGAUGCAUUUGCCGCCAACAGCGCAGUUGGAUCAUACAUGCCUGUCGGCGUAGGUCCCUCGGUAGUGUCAUGUCAACCAAGCUCCGGCAUGGCUGGCACAAAGGUGAUGGUCAAGGUUUCGUCCCCUUACGAUCUCCUCAGCGUGGCGCCGUACUUCUCUCUUAUUUUCGGCGUGCAGAAGGUGGCGGGACAUACCAUCAAGGACCCUCAAGACAGCAAUGGCUACAUGCUGACCAUCUCGGCCGAGGCACCACCUUUCGGGGUCACCAGCUGCAACAAUGAGAACGUGCCAAUUACGCUGCUGAUUGAAACCGAGAGCGGCGAAGAAGUCUCGAGGACGGCGGCGGGCCAGUUUGUAUAUCACGAAGCAGGCCCAGGUGCUAGCUCGGACGACAUCACGAGGAAGGUGUCCAAGUCACCUGAGCAACAGCAUCACUCCCCCAGGUCAGCAAGCACUCAGCUCGGUAAUGAGGCCAGUACAAAUACGUACGACUUUGCGACGGCUCCGCAGCAACCAGCGCCAUCUCCCUAUGGAAACAGUUUCUCGCAAGACAACAAUAACGGUAACAACAUGCUCAGCGCUUAUCGAACAAACUCCUUCGCGGAGCAACACUAUUCGCGUGCGGUGCCGCCGCCGCUCCGACCACCAAUGGCUGGGUGGCAGGCAUACGGGAGAACGCCUGGUCCUCCCAUUACGCAUACGCAGAUAUCCCGCCCGAGCUUGACGCCGCUGCCCAUGCCGUCCGCAACAACCCCUCAACUUGUUCGGACCAGCUCCAUCCCUAGCUCACCUGGUGGGGGACAACAGUCGGGGUACAACCACUGGGGCUCGUACUCCAACAAGGCGGUCCUAAAGAUUGUGGGGAAGCUCGACAGCAUGGCGUCUGACUGGUCUCCGGAGGAGUGGUCGAACCGCCGACGCAUCGUCAUGUUCAACAAAAAGCAGACGGGAUCUACACUGACGACAACAUUCCGACCCGUCAACGUCAAUGAGCGACCGCCCAACAGCAUCUGUAUCAGCUGUAUCUGGUGGGCCGAGAAGAACGAAUGCUACGUCACAUCUGUGGACACAAUCUAUCUACUGGAGCAGCUUGUCGUCGCUCCGGCCAGGUUUACGGUCGAGGAGAAGAACCGCAUUCGUCGCAACCUCGAGGGUUUCCGCCCGCUGACAGUCAGUAAGGCCAAGGCGGACUCGGAGGAAUUCUUCAAGAUCAUCAUGGCGUUCCCGAACCCCAAGCCGAGAAACAUCGAGAAGGAUGUCAAGGUUUUCCCGUGGAAGAUCCUCGAGUCGGCACUGAAGAAGAUCAUUGGCAAAUACAGCGCCAGUCCCUCCUCGACCCUGCCGGCCUCGCAUCUUCUGACGCCCACACCCGUCAGCGCCUAUCCCCCGCCACUUCCGACGCCGCCGGCGCCGACUGUCGCAUCGGACCAUGUCAGCGCGUACGGUGUUCCGUCGCAGGUUCAUCAAGAAGGGUUGACCUCUCCGAGGUCGAUCAGUGGUAGCACACACAGCUGGCCAGCGUACUCGACAGGACCACCGCGCAACCUCUCACCAGCCCUCACGGCAGUGUCUCCCCGACAAUCUGGGCUUCGCCUCGCCGCACCUUUACCCGCAGUGACAGGCUAUGACAGUCGUUCGAUGCCGACGCAUUCGUACGGCAGCGGCCUGCACACACCACUUGGGAAUCAUCACACCCCGCCCAUGGCCCCUGGACGAUGGGAUCCUACGAUACCGGCCAUGCACGCCCCUACAACAUAUGCCGAGCAAUACCAAUCCAUGACCGCGCACCAUGCCCCCAGCCACCAAGUCUACGGCGGUGACGGAUACGGGGACGGGGCGCAACGCGCAUGA